AUGCCUACCCGAUUAAAUCCAUGCUCCUACCUGCCACGCCGGCUCCAGAUCGUUGCGACGCUCACAGUCUUCGUCCUCCUGUGUAUCAUCUUCCUGGGGACAUCGAACUCCGAAGAUUUCAACAAAUACCUCGACGAAGUUCCCUAUGGACCAAAACUACAGGAGGGAGUCCAUCAUGCAGUAGAAGGGGCACAUCAGGUGGUGGAUCACAUUCCGAAUCCGUUCGGCACACCAGCGCAUAAGCCUUUGCCAGAGCAGGCGAAUAGCAGCAGUGGCGAGGCGAGAUGGUACAGUGACUGGAAGUGGAGGAAUCCGUUCAGCAGUAGUACCACGUUGGACGAGGAGAGAGCGGUUCUACCGCCUCUGCAGAAUCGGCCGCCUAUCUACACAUAUUACGAUGUGUCGUCAAGGAGGAAAGACGCGCAGAGUAAGAAGGCGGAGCAAGAUCUGUUGCUGCUAUGGCGGCGUGCUUGGUGGGCCCAGGGGUUCAAGCCCAUGGUUCUGAGCAAGUCUGAGGCCAUGAACAACCCGCUGUAUCGCGCGUUUGAGGACAAGGAGAUGGAUAAGGCUCUGCAGAACGAGCUCAUGCGUUGGCUCGCUUGGGGAAACAUGGGUACCGGGAUCUUGUCCAGCUUUCUGGCUUUUCCCAUGGCUCCUUACGAUGAUCCCAUGUUGUCGUUCUUGCGUCGAGGCGAAUAUCCAACUUUGACGCGAUAUGAGGGGUUGGGCAACGGACUGUAUAUCGGCACAAGAGGAGACAUUGAGGCUGCCCUGAAAGAAGCCAUUGCAUCUCAAGCACUUCACCGAGUGAAGUACAUUGACGAGGCGGUGCCAGAGGAUACCAUUCAAGUUGAUGCGAAGCACGACGCAAUCGCCCACUACAGCGACAGCAUGCUCAAGUCGAAGUACGGGCCCAUCUCGGAGAAGCUGAAGGAUUUGAAGACCGUUGGCGACGGACUGGCGUUGCUUCCACCUCUCAUCAACAGCCAUCUUCACUUGACUUGGCAGAACAUCUUUACCAAGGGAAUCUCCGUUCUGAAGCCUCUGCCAGAGCACACUACUAUCAUGGUGCAGCCGGCUGUCGACAUUGCCAUGAACCUCACCCAGUGUCCUUACAGCCCUGUUCCAACCUCGUGUCCUCCGAACAGGCCCAAGUGCAAGACUUGUGUUAGCAACUCGGUCAAGAUCAACAUUGCAAAGGUCUUCAGGAACGAUAGUCAGACCUUCACGAUCGCUACUGUACCCCAUCCGUACACAAUACAGAGCCUGGUCAAAAACAACGACCACCUGGAGUUGAAGACGAUUCGAAGGCAGACCGAUCGAGAUGUUUGGAUCCUGGCCGCCACCAAAGAGUUGCUGGGCACUGGAUUGUCGUCGUUUGCGAGGCUGCCGAGUCUCAAGGACGCCAUUGCCUCGGAGUAUGGCAGCUCAAGAUCGUUGUGGCUGACAGCCGAAAGACCUUACCAAAAGGACAGCGAGAAGGAUCUUGAAGAGCUUGACUGGAUAUUUGGCUUUGAGUUCCCCCGAGACGUUCAACCAGAUGGCAAGAGCGAGACUCCAGUACCAGGACCUGAAAGGAGACCAGAUCCGCCCAAGCCUGAGUAUGGAGAUGGCCCGAUACCAUCUGAGAAAGACCUGCAGAACGAGAGAAGCCUGUUGGAGAAGACUAAGCGAGCGCUGGGAACAAAAGCUGCCACAGAGGUUCGGGACAUUAUUGAAGCCUGGAAUCUGGCGGACACAGAGGCGUGGAAGUUCAUCAGAGCGUUCAAUGCUCGACGGCGAAAAGAAAGAAGGCAGUGGGAAGAUGAAGAGAGUUCGUACUUGGGGAAGGGAGUGUUUGAUCGUUGGGUGGAUAAAAUCACGGGGGACACCUAG